CGAUAAUACGUCGAAGGAUGGCGGAAUUCACGUUAUUCAAACGUAAUCUAACCUUGGAAAAACAUGUCAACAAUGCGAAAUUCUUAGCACGCGUUGCGACGAAAUUUUUUUUAACCAUAUACCUCGCCUCGAAAGAUGGGGGAUAUUUUGAGAGAGCCUGCUUUAUUUGUGGGCGAAAUUGACGCGGAAUUCGACCUUAUGCUACCUCCAUCCUCAGGAGAGGAAUACAUCAAGCGUGUGGUAAUUGAGGCGCAGCAGUGCGACGACGUGGUUGUGGCAGAGAAUAUAAAAGCUCGUAUUAGGACUCCCAUGGUGGCGGUAAAGCCUCUAGCAGGAUGUGUCGAGGCUCCAGCUUCGAUGGUUCCGACUCUGGACUGGCAGCAAUGUCAACUAGCAGACUUUUCUUCUGUGAGACUAGAGAUCGACCGGAUUAAACACGAUUUACAAAAUGCUGAGGGUCGCCGCAGGCUUCGACAAACUGUUCUGCCUGACGCAGAUGAUCAGGUUGGCUGGCUGGAGUACAUCAGCAACAUGAGACCGUUGCUUGGACUAGUAUUAAACAUGAACCAGCCGCUGAUCGAACAAGUCUUGGAACAUCUCGUUGAAGCAGUAGAAGAAAAGGGCCUGAUCUCGCAGCCAUACGGAGGCUGGAUUUAUGCCCUACUAGCUACCCUCGAAUUACCUUUAAAUCCAGACACGUGUUCCUGCUUACGUUCGCUUGCUAGAACAUGUUCGAUAAUCAGAGCUAGCAUGACAGAGGAGAACGCUAAAGAUGUCACAGCUUUGAAUUUAUUUAUCUGCCUGGUCGCCAGAUAUUUUAGACAAAUGGAUUUGGUGGACUUGUAAUUUGUGAUUAAAAAACAACGUAAUUGUAAAAUUGGGAAUCAAUGAAAUUUGUAACUACUGAUUGAAAUAAAUAUAGAUU